CUCCAGGGUGAUGGGGAUGUAGCGAGCUAGUUUUCGGCCUGAAAAUCGACAGCGUUGCCCGGUUAAAGCGCUAUUUUGCGAUUAGUAUAGGCUUUAACUAUGGCCGGCCUUAGGAGAGCUAACGGGGAGUAUUCUGGAGUCAACCCAGCCGUCAGCUGUUGUCGCUUGCGUCAGAUUCAGUCACUGCUGAGGGAUCAUGGCGCAAAGACACCAGAUGGAAUCCUCUGUACCUUAGGAAUUGAAAGCAGCUAUAAUGAAGGAUGUCGAGAGCUUGCCAAAUACCUUUUCUAUGGACUUUAUGAGAAGAAUCCUCUAAAUCUAGAUCUUCAGUUGAUGCUGGAUGGUAGGUCUGGUUCUCUUUUUUUAUUUGACGAUUUUGCCCUUAUUAACCCUUUUCUCUUUACAGAUGUCAUCCUCCUGAUAAAGUCUGAAUGUGUUCAUCUUUACUGCACCCCAAUGAACUACAGUUACCUGUUGCCAUAUGUGUCGCACUGGAGGAACCUGCAUCUCUACUGCAUGACUGAAGCAGAAAGUGAAGAUCAUGAGGAAGCAGCAGAGGAGUUUAAAAUAUCCAGCUUUGUCAAAAUGGUGGAAGGCUGUGUUUCGAUCGGGGUUCCUUUCAGCUCAUUUUGUCACAUUCAAAAGUUUGACAUGUUUAUGGUGGAGAAGUGGCCGUUGAUAAAAGCGUUUGCACUGGAUGGCAUCGGUGGAGGAAGCUUUUUUACUCUGAAAUACAAGCUAAUGGACAUGAGUGAACGGCUGUGGCAGGUGUACAGCAGGCUUGACCCAGUGUCCUUGGAUAACCUCAUCACAGAGGACUUGACCCACUUUGAAAAGCAGUGGAGUAGUUUUUUCUCAAUCAUGGACCAAGAGAGCCAUCUGUCCAUCCUGGAGCUCUCUGAAGCUCAAGCUGGGGCGGCAUUCAGGCUUUACUACUCCCAUGGGAUGAGCUCAAGUGACAUGACAGAUAAAAGUAAAGAACAGAAGCCCUUUGUUUUGUUCGGUGGACAUUCCUCAUUAGAAGAUCUCGAGAGUCAUUCGUGCAACUUCCCUUCUGAAAGUCAUCAGGUUCGCAACACAGGACCCCGAGCAUCUGCAGCAAAACACAUGGUUUUGCAGUGUGUUUCUCCCAAGGGUCCAUUAGCUUGUUCGCGAACCUAUUUCUUUGGAACCACCCACACGCCGUACCUUGGAAUCCAAACCAGUAACCAAAAGAGUACAGAAGUUCUACUGAUGUCACAGAUUUAUUCGGCUGUCGUUGAAGCAGUUCUUGCAGGCAUCAAGUGCUAUGCAAUUACCCUAAGUGCCUUCAAGGCAAAGGAUGUCGCUGACCACACUUUCCUGAGCGUAUUGGACUCGAUGAAUUUAAGCCAUUACUGCAACAUUAUCAAAUCCAGGUGUGAAUUUAAAAUCCAAGCUGUAAACAAACAAGGAAGGGUCGUUCCUCUGUCGGACCCAAAGAGUCGUUAUCUUAUUAAAACGGCCUCCUUUAUUGUCCCUAACAUCCCUGAUCUUCAAAUGGGAGCUGGAAACCUGGGCUCUUUGGUGUUUUCCGAGUCUUUCUUAGAGUCAAGCAUCAACAUCCAACACAAAGAUGGUUCAGUGUCCACAGACAGCUGCUUCACUAUUCUGACAUCUACUGUGCCUCGUUAUGCUUGCUGGCUGUUGGAAGCUGAUGUUAAGCAGUCAGAACAGGCCCGUCACCUUACAAAGAAGAAGGAAGGCUCAUUUUUGGGAUCUGUUCUUACGCAACCAGACACUGCGUACGUGUUCACCAACAAUCAGCUGUGCACACCUGAUGAAGGGAAGAUAAUCUUCUUUUCUGGAGGAAUUCUGUUCGGUCACCCACAGUCUGGGUGCUUCACCCUUUCCUCUGAACAUAUCAGUUCGAUCAAGUUCUACCAUCCGGACUCGAAUGCUGUUGCUUCGCUGCUGGUGGAAUAUGAAAGCACCCUCCUUCCGUACCUGCCAUUUCCCCUCCACAGCUCUGACCUGUGCCUAGUGUUUGCUCUGCAGCCUGGAUCCAGAAGCCUUAGUGGUUUCUAUUCCACGGUGUUGCCCGUGUGGAGGAACUCUGAAUCUGGACUUGUUAUUGAGACAGUGGACCAGGAGCAGCUGAUCAGUACUCAGAUAAACAUGCACACCAGACUGCAGAAACUACACAACAGCCAGGAACCACCUGUGGCCAAACGUGUUCCAAGCUUGAAAAGCUUCUACUCUCGAUUGCCUGAACAGGACAUGUUUCUGCAACACUUUUCUCUCAGCAGUAUUGGAGAGGAGGCCAUUUUAUUCGACCACCUGGGGGCACUAUUUCCUUCUACAGAGUUCACAAACUCAGUCAGCAUCAAUACCAAAAUUGUUAUCACAAUCAUCGCUGGCCUGCCUGGGAGUCACAAGGAAAGACUCUACAACUCUGUAGUGCAACUUCACAAAGACAGUGGACCGUUGGUGUUGUAUGAACCAACCAUGAGCAGCUUCUCAGCAUCUGAUCUACAUCAGUUUGUAUCCAGGACUCUAAACAACCUGAGAGGAGCCGAGGACAAGACUCGUAUGUUGGUUCUAUCACCGGGAUGCACAGAUGUUCUGGAUGUUGUUCAGGCUGUGCUCUUCCAUCCCGACCCAGCGAUCCAGGCCUCUGUCAAAAUCGGUGCCGUUACUGCCUGCGUUGACCCGCUCUCCUCCUUUCUGGAGCACAGAUUCGCUUUCCCUAAACUGUUGGAGCAGUGUAGCCAAGGUAUCGUGAGCACAGUGGUCUUCACUGGUCUGACAGCAGAGCGGAAGCACCCUCUCCUGCAGCAUGUCCAGCAGCUGGUACGCACUGCCAACCCCUCAGCAGCCUGUAUACAGGCAGAGAGAGGUGCUGUCUGGAGGAGUGAAGAAAUGAACCAGAUAUUGUCUGACAGCAGCUUCAACGAACCGCAGAUGCUGAGAGCACGAUAUGUCCUUUACCCUGGCUGGUGCAAAGGGCAGUUCUUCACUGGAUCAGGGUCUCCGUUUCUCACCCAGCAGCAUGUAGCUUUCAAAAGGCCCCUGGAGAGGCCUCUGUUUGUUGCCCGCUGUAAAGCCUUAAAGCCAUCGGUAGGUCUCAGCUCUGUCCCAGGAAAUGUGUAUACCAUUUGUGGGAAAGUGAAAUUCUCUGAUACGGACCAAAUGACACAAGUGACGUACAACACCGUGAGCGGGAACAUGACCAUUGUCCCAGAUCUGAGCACUGACACUGUGACCCCAGGUCCUCAAACGGACAAGACUUCCUGUUUCUUAAUCUUUUAUGGUGUUGGCCUGACAGAGGACGGGUUGAAGGACUGGCUCAGGCUUUGUGCCAAGCAGAGGCCGUCAAAGAAACCAAGGAAGACCAAGAACAAUCUUUCACCUGAAGAAAUGAAGAACAUCUAUUUGUCGCAACAUCAAGCUUAUUCCUUCAACUGCUAUCAAUAUGGACACAAGACAAACAUGGAUGACUUGAUUGAGGAGUACCUGACCGAGGCCAACAAAGAGAUUGAACUUUUCAACCAGCAGCUGGAGCUGCAGGACCAGCCUGACCUGUUUGAUCUAUGAGUGAGCGCCAGUUUCGUCAAAUAUCGGCAUCACUUCAUGUGAUGUAUUUCAAAGUCAAACUUUUUUUUAAACAGGAUUCAACACUUUAUCGUUUUGGACCUCAGUUUCAAUUUUAUUGUAUUUAUUUUUAAUAGUCUUGUAUGAGUCAUGGAUGUUAGUUUUAUGUUUGCCACCGCUGCAGCGGAAUUUGAAACAUGUAUUCGCUCAUUUUCCUCAUGUGAAGCUGUGAUGCUUUCACAAUUGAAGGGAAUUUCCGUGCACCCGCUCCUGCAGCUCUGCGUGUUUCUGUUUAUCGCAGACAAAUUAAUGCCCCUAUUUCUGGACAGGCAUGGAUAGCCGUGUGAUUCUGGUGGGCUCCCUGGUGGGGUUUCUCAAGAAUCGCUCCUCCUCUGUUGUCACCCAAAUCGGGGAAACACCUGUUAGCUUGUCUGCAUGCCACAAUACAGCAGAGGGGGCGCUUGGCCAUAGAGCUGUAAACACUGGACUGCAUGUUGGCUGUAGCUGACUGUUGAACGAUGCUAUUAAUCACAUAGUUAACAUGCUAGCCCGUUUUAUUUUCAGACUCCUCAAGUGCAUCUAAUGAAAGCGCAAUAAACAGACCACACUCCCUGUAGGUUGUGAAACAGGUGAGGGAAUCCAAAAUGCACGACUAUAUAGCUUAAAAACUAGUGUUCUCUGAGUGAAAUGCACUUUUAAUCGAGUGUAACCGAGGGAAAAGAACACACUUAGAAAAUGAUACGCAAAAUUACAUAUUGUGUAGAUAAUGUGAGGCAUUGCUUGGAAAUGAAAUCAGUAUAAAAAAAACCAAAACAAACAAAAAAAAACCUCAAUGCUUCUUGACAGCUGUAUUCCAAGUAGGUCGUUGUGCGGCCCCAAUAUCUACGCUAUUGUUUGUCAUACAAAUGUUAUAUGCAUGUCCUCAAAACAUGGGUGAGAUGGUUGUAGAAACUACUUCCAGGACAACAGAGUUGUCAGUUGCUUUGUGUGGGAGCUUUAAUGGGGUCAGCAGUAUCUGAUCUGCAACGAAGAUGGGUGUCAAACCCAAGGCUUGCAAUCCUAAUCCAACCGGCAGCAUACAGCAACACAACCAUGUUAUUUAGUUUGGUAUUUUGAAUCAGCCCAUGAGAAAAUGCAUUACGUGUUUUACAUUUCUUAAUCAACGUGGACCAAACAAUUUGUCACCGUAGACACAUGAACGUUGGUUUGCUUCAUUGAUUUCAUUGUGAGGUGUUUAAUAAUGUAGUUAAACUCCUUUUUUUCUUUUCUUUUUUUGGUCAGUCACCCGACCAGGCGUAAUCAAACGAACAAAUCCAGCAACGCUAAGUCAGUGCCAUAGGGCACUGCAACAGUUGGAGUUCAGAUCAAAUCAAUCUGUUUCAGCACUGUAUGUAUUGUUUUAGCCCCUUCUGUCAGUGUUUCGUUGCAAAGUAUCUACAGAUAAUAAGCCCCAGCAGUGCGUAUGCCGUGCUACUGUUGUUGCUUGUAACUAAGACGGUGGCCAGUAAUGCAUAGCUGCAUGUGCAUCACGGUUGCAGCUCGGGCUGUAACACUCAUCCACAGAUGAGACCCUAUCCAGGAAGUUAUUUUUAGAAUCUCAUUGACAUCUGUGCGUCUUUGGCUGCCAACCAUGCUGUCAUGUUUUACACCUUGGUUUGGAAGUGAUGCCAGCUGCCACUAAAACUGACAUGAAUAAUAUACCUGUCAGCAGAAAGUGAUGUGCAGAUAUUAGACGACAUCACUUUUGCCUCCUGAAAUGGGUUUUAACAUGACACUGCUGGCCCCAUACUUCCUGAAAUACAGCUACCGUCCUUCUUGUUAAUGCCACAUGAUGUACAGAGGCGUUGGAGUGGCUGGUGUAUCUAUUGCUCGUAUAUAGUUAAGUGUUUUAUACGAGAGUUGAAGGCUGUGUUUGACAACGAGCUGCUAAAUUCUCUGCCUCUCACACCUUCUAUUGUUUGGUCUGCUCCGAGAGCCACAACAAUAAGUCAAGGUACUUCUUAAUGAGAAGAUUCAUUUGAAUUGUUGCAGAUAAAUCCAAAAUGUUCAUGAGGGUCCAGUGCUGUAGAUGAUAUUUAAUAUCAGUCGAUGGCAACUGAAUUCAUUGACCAAAGUGCAGCUUGUUUCCUCGAUGCCGUUGCUGUCAGUCUGCUUAUGUAACCCCUCACAGAUGACUCUGUCUGACAGCUACACGGAGGAUAAAAGGUGCAGCAUUUUAAACCCUCCAAGCAACGUAUUAUGAUUCCAGAGGCUUGCAAUUCUAACAAUUAUUACCAGUGAUGCACACACCCAUGUGUGUGUAUAUAUAUAUAUAUAAAUAUUGAUAUGUGCUGAUUAUGUGACGUCUUUGCAUGUGAUAUGACUCCACCAUGAGCCUUUCACCAAACUGGCACAGUUGAAAAUAAUCACAUAUAUUUUGAAUAUUCAAAAAAAUGGUAUGAAAAUCCUCAGAGCAGCAAAUCAUAUUUUUAUAAAAUUAUGAAUUGAGGACUCCAGAUGCAAAUGUGUUUUCGGUACGAGCUCCUAAAAGAAGCAAAUGUGAUUUAUUUUCCGCAGAGAUCUGAUUGGUUGUUCGACGUCAGCUUUCUCUGAUCCAGAAGUGCCUUGACUGUAGCUAAGAAAAGCAACGUUUGAAGGCGCGUUCAAAGUUCCAUCCUGCUCCGUGUCACAGGAUGAGUUGUCAGGCGAGGAUCAAUCGUUUGGUGAAAGGAAUCCACAGUCGUGUUGUUAAAGCAGUUUGUUUUUCUAUUUAACCAAAGGGUGAAGCAGGAACUGUCACCGUGCAGGGCGCUGUCAGGGGUUGGGGGGCUCUGGACCGACGACAUAUUGAUCGCACUUUCGGACACGAGUUAGCUGCCUCGGGUCAUCUAAGGUCGACAAAAUCACCUCUUUAAGACUCAGAUUUUUCAUGAUAAAUUGCGACAAAUCAUUUGGAAAAACAUGUAUUGGACUGUUUAUAAAAGAUUUAUUGAAACCAGUUAUACACCUGAUAAUAAUGUCUCUGCUUAGCAAAGGUCAAAAGGCACAAGCCAAUCAUCUUUUUAUAAAAAUAAGGUGCAGCAUUGUCCUGUAAAUAUGGACAACCCUGCUGCUACAAUGGAAAUUAAAGUGUGCCUCCUCUUUAAAACUGCGGCCAGUAGAAACAGCACGUACUAAUAGGAGCUGCUAUAUGAAGAUCAGUUCUUCAGGCUGCAAGUGUUUACGAAAAUCUGCCGACCUCAGAGCCAUUUCUGGAGUUGUAGCAGGUAAGAUUGUUAAAUCUGUCACUUUGGGGUGUAAGAAAAGUGGGUUGAAAAAAUAUUCUGGGGUCUUAGAUUGGCGUUUCUGCAGAAUUAACCCGCAUGCCAACGUCUUGUUGAGGUGCUAAUCUCUUUGUACAGAGCCUGCUGUGGUACAACUCGAUGCUUUGCCAUUGGUGACCUCCCUUUCAGGGGUCUGUGGAGCCCCCCCCCCCAACACAUCUCUGUCUGUGACUCCUGCUUAGCUCUCAGCACCAUGGCGUCUUCAGUUGGCUACUGAAGGGCAGCCAUUUUGUAGCUGAUGUUGUAGGACAAAAACAAAGUUUGGUGUUUAUCAGGAGCAUUAAAUAUUCAGGUGGGAACUGUAUGUUGACUUGUGGAAAUUGUUCCUAAUUUGGCUAAAAAGAGACCGUCUUAUUCAUAAUGCGAGCAACAAAACACGUAAAAUUCCUGCUUCCGAUUCAGUCAAGUAUUAUUUGUAGGUCUGAUAAAAAUGAAUUAAUGUUCCUAAAACUCAUUACAGUAUAUAUAAAUAAACUAUCGCUACUUUGCCACCAUCAGAAGUUUGCCAAGUUAUGAGUCAUUUACUGUCAUAAAGGCCAGAUUAGCGCAGUGAAGGGCUCAUUUCCUCGCUCCUGUCUGUAGGCCAUCGGAGCAAAAACACAGGCGGCCAUGUUUUUGUGGUCGUUCAAUAAGGUCCAGCUGCUGAUGAUUUGCACAAAAACUACUAUAACUUGUGUUUUUAUCCUGUGACUGAUGCUUUUUUCAAACUGAAAGUUGUAUUUAUUGCACUAUAUUGUUCAUUAAAUAUUUAUACAACCCAA